GUCGGACGUGUUCGGGCGCGAGUGCGGCACUUUUUAACGGGAUUUAAGCUCUGCGCUCCCUGUGUGUGUGUGCGCGUGUGCGUCGCUGUGUGUGUUUACCCGCGGAGCUAUGCUACAAUAUUUGAAGCAACUAAUGCUGAUAUAGAGGAAAUUAUCAAAUUAAAUGCAAAGUGAGACAAACGAAAAGCAAAAACCAAAGUAAAUUUCAAGUCUGCCAUAUUGUGGUGUGUUCCGUUCAUCAGAGAACCGCAAAUACGCCGCUACUCCGGCAAAACAUAUCAAAGACAGGAUUAUUUGUGACUGAGAAAUUCACUUUAAACAGCGCUUGAGAGAGAAUAACUUUGACAGGUAAUUAAACAUUGGUCAGGAAUUUGCUGUGUUUGCUAUAAACUCAUCCAACCCAAUACGAAUUGAAGCAAACCAAUCGGAACCAAAAGUGCGUUGCGGUUCCGCCAAUUAAUAUCGAUGUCACAGCGAAUCAGUGUCAAUCAAGGCGGGGGAAAACGGCAGAAAUUUCCCCAAAUAUGCGCCGGCAAAUAGAAUCGUCGGACGCUAUAAUGAGCCAUAUCAGUGAACAAAUAUUAUCCACGCCAACAGCCACUCGAAUGGGAAAUGGCCAAAACAAUGAGCAGCAGUAUCAGCAGCAUCGUCAUCAUCACCAUCGACAGCACUUGAGUAAAUAGAAAAUCAGCGUUCAGAAUCAAUACAGAAUCAAUACAAAUAGUGAGCGGAGAUAGACGGAAAUUGAUUGUCAACAUUAUUCGCUGUCGCGCCGCCGAGCAAAGACCUCAAUAGAUUGCAAAGAAGCCACCGAAGCGAGCGACGACGAACAAAGCGUGAAUCCCCCAGCGAAGAUGGGGGGCAAGCAUCAUGGAUCCGGCCCAGGAGCCUCUGGAGGAGGCGGUGGCGGUAGUCUCAACUCGAGCCUGUGCAACUCAGUGCUCACGAACGCCACCACGGCCAGCAGCAGUCUUACGCAACAGCAGCAGCAGCUGCAGGCCAAGUACAUCAAGUCGAAGCGCCACCAGAGCCGCUACACCAGCCUGCAGCAUCCCGGCCACGACUCUGGCAGCUAUCUGCACCUCAACUCGCUCUGGUCCAUCUGGUAUGGGGUGUUGCUCACCUUGUUCCAGGGCUAUCUGGCCAUGCAUGGAGCCUACAGGUUCCUGGGCUGCUCACUGAUUCCCUGGAAAAUAGAGCCCGUGGCCGAGCUAAAUCUGCAGAUAGUUCUCUCCGGAGUGGUCUUUAUCCUGCUGCCGGUCUUUUUCACAUCGGCAGUGUUUAAGGUUGGCAACUUGGCGAACGACGGCAUCAAACUGGCCACCGGUGCCAGGGAGCGCCGCUGCACCCUCUCGCCGCAGGAUGGCCUCGAGGAGGAAUCGCGGGGCGGCACUCUGCGUGCCCUGUGGACACAUGGUGGACCCACUGCGGCCUUCGUUCACAUCCUGAUCGCCCUCUGCCUGCUCCUGCCGCGUCUGCUUCUCGAGGCUCGCAUCAUCGAGAAUGGAUUGCUGCCAAAAGAGCAAAUUUGGGCCACUGAAUUGGACUUUGUUGUGAUCAAUCGACGCAAUUUGAUGGCCAUGUCGGUGGGACCCACCCCCACAUCCGCAUCAGCAGCCUCCAAGCAGCAGCACCAUCACCAGCAACAGUCCAGGCUGAACCUAACCGCAACGAGUUUGGAGCAGGACGAGGAGGACUACUUCAACGAUACCAUGUUCACGGCCCUCCGUGGAAAGCAGGUUCCCUUCCCGGGUCAGGGUCCGGGUGUCGGGGGCAAUAACAACUUGUUCGACCUGCGACCCGACAAGACUGCUGCUGGCGGCAGGAAGGCGGCCAAGACAACAGCCACGACCAGGACAACUUCGACCAAGCUGGAGGCUGGCAGGGGCCAGUACUUUGAAGUGCCCGAUUUAAUUAAUCAAGAUAUCGACGAGGAGGAGCGCCAGGAGCUCGAGGAGGCCAUGCGGGGGGACAACGACGAUGACGGGGAAGAGCAGGAGGAGCCGGAUCCGGAUGAGGGCACCGUCAUCAUGCCCGAUUUCGAUGAGUUGAUGCCAAAAACAACCGCUGGUGGCAACAAGUUGAAUGUGGAAAAUUGGCAGACGCUUGGGACCCUCGGAAAGGAGAGGAGCAGCAGCACGAGUACUAGUACCACUACGACUCCUUCCACAACCACCAGAACAACCACAGCCAGCACCACCACAACGGCAGGGACAACUACAACUAGUAGCAGCACUACUACCACGACAAUGAAACCUCCUAUGAUGGCAACCAGCCGGCAACCGCAGCACCAUCACCAUGGAAAGCCGCGGAAGCACCACAAGCACCACAACAAACAACGGCAGCAGACACCGCGUCGCCACCACGUGGCCUCGCACGAACAGGCGAUCCUCGAGAGCUUUCCGGAGGAGGAGACCACCACUCGCGACAGCAGCAUUCACCGCGUGAAACCGGAGGUCCUCCCGGAGGUGGCCAUCCCGUCGACACCUGUAUCCACCUCCAACUCGAAGAUUAUAGCCAUUAAGCCGAAAAACCAAAAGCGGAGGAUCUCGAAACGAGCUGCCGGAGUAGAAAUCGAACCGGAAUAUUUGCUCGGUGACUCCACCAUAAGUUCUAGCGAGUUUGUGGCCAAGUCCAAUGAGGAUGAGCCAGAGGAAAGCGAGGACUUUGAGCUGGAGGACGGGGACUUCCAGGCGGUGCCUGCCCUGAGCCCGGCGCCUCCAACGCCAUCACCCGGCAAGGGUAAUGGGCAGGAUUACGUCCGACUGGAUGGCUUCGCCGGCAUGCUGCAGCUCUUCUUUGGCAUUGACAAGCCCAUCGAUGUGGCCAUUUUCUCGCAACCGCCUAGCGCGGAGUUUGUGAAUCUGUUGUGUGCCCUGCUGGUCUGGUCGGUUCGAUAUCCGGCCGUCUUUUGGAACACCUCAAAGGCCUUUGCCUGUGUCUUUAGCCUCCAGAUGGUGGUGGCUGCUCUGGAUAUCAUCUUGGGCUAUGUGGGUGUCUCCAAUUUGUACAAGCUGCAGAUCUAUGCGGAGGCCAUGCCAGUGCAUCAGCCGGGACUCAUUUUGAAUGCCGUGGUGACGCUGGCCCUGUACCUACUAUCCACCGCUUUGGUGUUGGCCUCCUCGAUGGUGAUGUACUUGUACGGACACGGACGCCUGGCCACGCGAAUGCGGGAUCGAUCCAUCAUCACUCUGAAGAGCAACCAAACCUGGAUAUAUUUCGCCCACUGCGCCUCCCUGUGCUUCGUCCUGGCACUGGCGGUGGUUAAGGCGCCGCUACUCAACGAUCUCAGUGCCACCUACAAGAACAACCUGCAUUGUCCCACUUUCUUAGCGGCUCUUGUUGGGGUAACGCACCUGCUGCUGUGGAUCGUCAUCUGGCUGUGCCUCACAAUCAAGCGGCGCUGGCACUUCAAGCUGCCGCCGUUGGACAGCUCUUAUGGCGGCCUGCUGGGCAAGGCCAGUGCCCAGCCGCUCCUUAUGGCCAGCGGCCAGCGGACGGGCAGCAACUCGAGCAGCAGCGGCUGCAACUCCACCAGCACCACCGUGAACGGGGGCGACUCCUCCAAGCCGGACAUGAUGAGCACCGCCACCAGCACGGAGCUGGGCAUGGGAAUGGGCGGGGGUGGCGGAGGCGUUGUGGGCGGGGUCAUGGGUAUGGCUGCCCAGGAGGACAUCUACUGGCCCAAGCUGACGCCCAGCUCGCCCAAGCUGAAGGUCACCUUCAACGAAGUUACGAGUACGUCUGAUGAUGUCCUACUAAUUGGUGACCAAGAACAAACUGAUGGCAAGCGCCAUACGAGCCGUGGAGCCUCGAUAUGUUUUGCCAGUGCUGCGGGGGAAAUUGACGACGGCGAGUACGCGACACUAAGGGCAGCUACCGCCGGCGCCGUUGUGGGCAUCACCAUGGGCAGCAUGAAGAGCGGCAGUGCCGGCGGCGGCAUCAGCUCCACCUCCGUGGGGAUCAGUCUGCUCCAUCUAUCCGAGUACGACGAGCUUCCGCCGCCGCCUCAGCCGUCGUCGUCAACUGCUAAUCACCAGCAACAGCAGCGGCAUGCCCAGCCGUUUGCCCAUGGACAGCCCCAUGCCCAUGACUAUGCCAACCUUAGUGGAUUGGGCGGCAUAAGCGAUGACAACAUCUCUGAGGAGGGCAAGCUGCUGGCCUGCGUGCGCGACGACAGCAUCACCUACGCCUCCACCAGGGACCUAGAGCCUCCGCAUCCGACCGCUUCACAGGCUCCGCCUCCUCCGCCGCCGCUGCCCGUCAAGGGUGGGCCCACUCCACAGCCGCCGGCGAUUCUGCCUCACCCAGGAGCAGCUAUCUAUGGUCGGGCCCCCCAAGCCAUGCCCGAGAUGAUGCAGUUGUCGCCCGACCACCACCCAAAUCCACUUCAGCAUUCCCUGCAGCAGCAGCAGCAGCAGCAUCCUCUUCAGCCGAAGCAGCUGCCGCCGCCACACCAUCCCCUCCAGCAGCAGCCGAGCAAUCCGCACCAGCAUCUAGUCAGCCCCUUGGCACCGGUCACGGUCGCAGUUCACACCAACGAAGCGCAUAUCGCCUCCAGUUCCACACCCCGUUGCCUGCGCCGCGCCGAUUCGGGCGUUCCCAACGAGGCGCUGACGCCUCGCAGCGACACCACCUCCACCACCGAGAGCACCAACACCACAUCACCACCGGAGCGCGCACCCUCCGAGUCCUCCAGCGGCGUCCACUCGGGUGAGGAGCGUGAGCUGGAGGUCAUCAUACGGCCGCGGGCCAGCAGCAAGCCGCCGCCGCGUCCCCCACAGCCGCCCAUCCAAGAGGAGCCCUACGGUCGUUGCACCAACAUGCGUAUGUCCAGCUUUAACGCCGACCCCCCCGCCAUCCCGUCGGCGGCCAUCAACAGUGCCACGCUGCCGCUACAGCGAACGGUGCCCGAGCAGAGGUUCGACUACACGGCACACUGCAGCACGAUGCCGCUGCCGGUGGGCUGCCACAGCCAGCAGCUUGCCGGGAGCGGUGGCUAUGCCUCCACCUCGGCGAUGACCAGCUCCAUGGGCGGCGGCUCCAUGCCACCGCCUCCCCCUCAAGUGUCCAGCUUCAAGACGCCCAGCAUGCACUAUGCCAACGCAGCUGUGGCCCUAGGCAACGGUAACAACAACGGCAACGCCAACAUCGGGGGUCAGCCACCGCAUACCACGCUACCGAACGGGGUGCGAUACUCGAAUCCGCACUUCCUGCGCCGCCUGCCGCAUGUGACCAAGGCGGCGGAGUCGCCGUACGGACACCUGGGCUACGGAGCCGGCCACCACGCAUUCGCCAAGCUGCCGCAUGAAACGCAUCCCACCAUUCCGGAGGAUCGCGACUCGGCCAACUACUCGAUGGCCUCGGACCAGGACUGUGGGCUGUAUGUGACGGCCCAGCUGCACUAGGAUGGGACUGGAGGAUCAUCUACUAUACCUUGCUAUAACCUUAGAUUCUAGCUUUGCAAUCCUGAUUGCACUACGACAUACAAACCUAUAGAGUUGCUUUCCAUUCAUGUUCGUUUGCGGACUUCUUUACAUCAUCAAAUCCAAAAAGCAAUUGUUUUUCAGCUGUAGCAUGAUGAUCCAAACUACCCGAUAUUGCAAGGAUAUUUUAAAAAUAUUUAAUGCAAGAUGUUUGAAUUUUGUUGAGUAGAGAAAAGCUUUUUCUUUUACCAAGAACUACGAAUGGGUCAAUGUGUGUUGUAGUGAAAUUUAAGCUGAAAUCCCAUAGAUUUAGGAUCCUGGAAUGUCGUAUAGCUUAAUCCGUAAUGUUCUAAGUUAGCCUCUCGGUUUUUGUACAGCUCCGGGCCCCCAAGAGACGCCAUACCAAAUCCACUAAUCUUCCAAAGGAUCAGCUGGUGACCGAAUCAACCUUCAUUUGCUUUGCCCACACGAUGAUCCACUCAAGAACGUGGCACAACCUGCCACUCUGAAGACCCACGCAGAAAUUACCAUUUAACUAUAUCUACAUCUAAACUACACCUACAUACAUCUACGGCUAAAUCUAAAUAUAUAUUUAUAUUUAUAUUUAUACAUAUAUGCUAUGCUCGUAUACAAUGUGUAAGAUAAUAAGCUAAUCGUGUUUAAGUAAUCAAUGUAAACUAAAGUUUAUCAUAUCAUAUAUGAAUGAAUAUCUAUAGCUUAGCGUAAGGCCCUAACAUAUACAAACUAAUCUGAAAGGAAUAAAAUAUCAUAGCUCGAUCAUGUGCAAGCACUCAAAGUAUUUUCCCCUAAGCAAUUUCUCUAAUCGAAACGAAAACAAAAACAGAAGGAACAAAAGGCAUACGAAUUUAAGCUGCAAUUCUAUGGUUUUUACUGUAAGGAUACACUGUAAAAUGGCAAAUAGUAAUUUUAUGGCACUAACUAGCCAACACGUUAUGCUUCUCCAGCUAGUCGGCAUAGAUGACAGGUACCCAGCAAGGCUUUCGGCAUAUGUACGAGUAUUCUCUAUGGUCUCUCAACGCUUACUGUUUAAGAUGAAUGUAAAAUGUAAUGUAACAAAGCGACAAUAUGAAUAUUAUCUAAUGUAUGAUACUAAUGACUACUAUCCGCGGCCCAUACAUACAUAUCUCACAUGCACAAGACUCUUGACCUUGGACUCCUGCACGCUGGGGUGUCUGAGCUCCCGUACACCUGCUUAUUAAGUUUUAUUUAUUGUGCCCCUGCGUAAGUAGAUAAAUAUCUUUUAGAUCGGAUACUCUCUUUAGAAUCAUCGAACUCCAAUUCAGCAUAUUUCAUGGGUAAGACGAUUGCGCAGAGAGCAUUCGAUCGACCGGCCGUAUUUAUUUUCGUUAUAAAGACUGAUUAGUAAUAUAAUACAUUUCGAAAUGCACUCCCAUCACAGAACUUUUUAGAAGAGAUCCGAAAAUAGCUUGAGAAAAUCAUUGCAAUGAUACGAUAGAGGAUAGGCCAUAAAUAUGUAUAGUUUAGUAUGUCGUCAUCAACUUGGUUCCUUUGAGAAACGCACUAAACUAAACGAAGUAUCAGCAGCUAAAGAAACAAACAACUUUUGUAAGAUAAUUUCGAAUCAAUUAAAGAUUAAUUCAUAGGAAAUAUCCAAGAGAAAUUAACAACUUAUUUAAUAACCUGGGUUGGGACAUUUUCUGCGCCUGCAAGGAAAACCUGUACAUGAAAAUAAGGUUGAACCCAAUACCCGUAUGGCGGCGCAAGCAUCCAAGAACAUUUACAUUUAAAAUUAUAAACCAAUAAAUGUUUAAAUUUAUAUAUACAUUAUACGGAUUAAAUGGUUUAUCAAUGGUAAAUAAAGAAAUACCACCGCUUUAUGUAAAACCCCAA